UUAAAGGUGGUGUGGUGCAUCGGCGUCUCUCUCCACCUCGCUAACUCUCUGUACAGACCUACACGUUCGUGUUCACUCAGAGCAAACCUAUGUGUGACUAUACAUCGAGGUCUUUCGUCGCUUAUUUUUACUAUCUUUCGUGCCGGACGUCUCUAAGCGUUUAACUCCAGGAAAGCUUUUGCGCAAUUGAACUAAACAUUAGAAGAUGUGGUGGAUGUUGUUUCCCAGAUGGAUCUGGUUUUGUCUUGGGCACGUCUGCGUUUUGCUCUUGCAUCUUCGUGUCCGGGCAAUGACUGUGUCCAAGGUGGUGUAUUCACAUGCCGGAAUGUGUCCUAAUGAGAUGAACCCGAAUCUUUGGGUGGACGCCAUGAGUACCUGCAUGCGCGAGUGCCAGUCAGACCAGGACUGUGAGACAUUUGAGAAGUGCUGUUUAAAUGUGUGUGGAAGUAAGAGCUGUGUGGCUGCCCGCUAUAGGGACAUGAAGGGAAAUAAAGGACCAGUGGGAAUGCCAAAAGAGGCCACCUGUGACAAGUUCAUGUGCACCCAGCAGGGUUCAGAGUGUGACAUCUGGGAUGGGCAGCCUGUGUGCAAGUGCCGUGACCGCUGUGAGCGGGAACCACGUUUCACCUGUGCCUCAGACGGUAUGACCUACUACAACAAGUGCUACAUGGAUGCAGAAGCCUGUUCCAAGGGUGUCACUCUUACUGAGGUCACUUGCCGGUUCCACCUGUUGUGGCCCAACACUAGCCCUCCUCCUGAGAAGACGACUUUGCUUCCUACCACUGUGUACCUGGAAACUACCCCUAUGGACAUCCACGCUCCUACCGUGCUCAAUAAUCCAGGGCAAAACAUUGUGUUCGUGGGUGAGACAGCAAGCUUCCUGUGUGAAGUAACUGGCAAACCCAAUCCAGAGAUCACAUGGGAGAAACAAGUGGAGGGAAAAGAGAACACAGUCAUGAGGUCAAACUAUGUACAAGGCAACAUAGUAGUGACUAACAUAGCUCAACUUGUCAUCUACAAUGCCCAGCUCCAAGAUGCUGGCAUUUAUACCUGCACUGCUAAAAACUUGGGUGGAUCUAUACAGACCCACUUCAUGUUGUCUGUCAUACGUCAGGAUCAAUCCAUGAAUGAGAGCUUAGUGAAUUCCACACGUCUUUCUGCUGAGGAGUGUCUGAAAGCACCUGACAUGGGUGACUGUGGCGAGGAAACCAUCAGCUGGUAUUAUGAAGCCAAACGCAACAACUGCUUCACCUUCACCUAUAGCCAGUGUAACAGAAAUAGAAACCACUUUGACUCGUACAAGUCAUGUAUGCUAUCCUGUGGAGCAGAACUAGCUGCCCCUUGCUCCCUCCCUAGUGUCCAAGGACCCUGCAAAUCUUAUGAGCCGCGUUGGGCAUACAACCAUCUUCUCAAGAAGUGUCAGUCUUUUGUCUAUGGUGGCUGUGGUGGCAACGAGAACAACUUUGAAAGUAAGGAGGCCUGUGAGGAAAUGUGCCCUUUCCCUAAGAACCACAACUGUAAGAUGUGCAAGCCAAAACAAAGGAUGAUUACCAGCUUCUGCAAGAGUGACUUUGUGAUCUUAGGUCGCAUUUCAGAACUGACAGAGGACCACGAUUCAGGCCAUGCACUCAUCACAGUAGAUGAGAUCCUAAAGGAUGAGAAAAUGGGGCUGAAGUUCUUUGGACAGGAGCCCUUGGAAGUGACGCUUCUUAACAUUGACUGGAAUUGUCCAUGUCCCAACAUCACUAAUGCUGAGGGCCAACUGAUUAUCAUGGGGGAGGUGCACAAUGGGAUGGCGGUACUGCAGCCUGAUAGCUUUGUGGGAGCCUCCAGCAGCCGUCGCAUACGCAAGCUCCGCGAAGUCAUCAACAAGAAGGCAUGUGCUUUUCUCAAGGAGAUUGGCAACAUACAAUAGUAAUAAGCUUACAGAGAAAUGCAACAGACUCUGUGAGACACCAUAAGUACCCGUUCCCACCAGCCUUUUACUAGGCAUCAACAUGAGCCACCAGCAUUAUCAUAUUAUG